AUAAAUAUCAUUCGUUCAUUUUCAAUUCGUUGUCUUGUCUGUGUGUGUUGGAUUCCCUCAAAAAUUCCGAAUUAAACAUCUUUUUGUGCAAUAUUUGUUUAAAAACUACAAAUUUGGAUACUAACUCACUGCCAGUAAACAAGCAAUAAUGUCUGAAGCCAAAAUUAAGGAUCUACGCAGCGACAUCGAUGAGCUUAAUGAGUUACUAAAGCAGGCAAAAAGGAAGAGGGCUCAGGAUUUAUUGUCGUUGGAAAUCAGGAAAUUGGAAACGGAAUGGAUAAACUUGAAGGAAGCGAGCGCUCAGUCUUCGCAAGCAGGAGCCUCGCCGGCGCCGUCCACCGCAGCCGCUCAGAGCAAGAGAUACCAAAUAAAAUUGAACGGAUAUGGUUGGGAUCAGUCCGAUAAGUACAUCAAAGUUUUUGUAACACUGAAGAAUGUCCAAACUGUGCCUAAGGAACAAGUGUACUGUAAGCUUACCGACAAGUCUAUGGAGUUACAUGUCGAAAAUCUGGAGAAUAAGGAUUACCUUCUUGUAAUCAACAAGCUGUUGGAACCUAUCAAUGUUGAAGAGAGCCAUUGGAAGCAGAAAACAGAUAUGGUAGUGAUAUUCUUGGCGAAGUCUCGUCCUAACAUCAAAUGGUCUCACAUGACUGAACUUGAGAAGAAGUUUGAGGACCAGCGCAAUAGCAAGCUCAAACCAGCAGCUCCUGAGAUGGAUAAAUCUGACCCACAGGAGUCUAUUAUGAGCCUUAUGAAGAAUAUGUAUGAAACUGGGGACGAUGACAUGAAGAGAAUGAUUUCAAAAGCCUGGUACGAAGGACAACAUAAGAAGAAAUCCGAUACCCUAGAUCUGUAGACAGUAGAUUAUAUGUAUGUGAUGUAUUAUUAAGGAUAAUAAAUCUGAUUUUUCAUCAA